AUGCGCUUCCACAUUGUCGCCCUUCUGGGCGUGAUCUACUUGGCUGUUGCCGCUCCGUUUCCGAACGUGUCGACUCACCCUCUUCCGGAUGGAAUGCCUAAUCCAAGCCCCAGUGAGCUGGAGACAAUUGAGUUGAACUCCUAUGGAACUCUGCCAAAUGGUCCUCCUCCAAUCGGGAUCAGUGAAGGAGGAAUCAUGAAUCUCAAGCUAAUCGCAUUCAACGAACUCUUUGAAAUUGCCUUUUUUCAUCAACUGAUCACAAACAUCACCGACAAGGCUUUAGGCUAUCGCUUCACUGAUGAAGGGGAUUAUGACUUUGUUUUGAACGGCUUGCGGGCGAUCCUGGCUCAAGAAGAGCUCCAUGCCCUUGACGCCAACAACGCCUUGGCCCAUGUUGGCAUUGACCCCAUCGAGCCUUGCCAAUAUACCUUCCCCAUCAAUGACUUUGACUCGGCCCUUGUACUCGCCACCACCUUCACAGAUGUGGUUUUGGGUACUCUGCAGGACGUUGUGGAGAGAUUUGCUCUCGGUGGUGACUUCGCUCUGACACGCGAGGUUUCCUCCGUCAUUGGCCAGGAGGGAGAACAGCAGGGAUGGUUUCGCGUCAUGCAGGGCAAGGUCCCUAGUGAACUGCCCUUCUUGACGACCAGCGAUCUCAACUUCGCCUUCACUGCCAUUCAGAGCUUCGUCGUGCCUGGCACUUGCCCCAACAUUGGCUCCAUUCCACUCAAAACCUUUGCCACUCUCAACGUCAGCACAGCCCCGACUACUGCGGGGACCAGAAACAUCAAGGUUUCCUUCGACGCUCACGACUGGAUUGAUCAAGAGACGCUGUGGCUCACCUUUAUCAACCAGCAGAAUUUGCCGAUCGUGGAGCCUCUCCGGAUUAUCUCCAAGGAUACCAAAACGAUCGUUGCAGAAGCUCUAUUUCCUUAUGAGGCAUAUCAAUUGAACGGGUUGACCAUCGCUGCGGUAACCACAACCAAGGGACCAUUUACAAAUGCAUACAGUGUGGCAAACGCCACUCUCGCUGGGCCGGGAAUUUUCAUCAUCAACUGA